AUGUCUUCGAGACCUAGCUCCCGGCGAUACUCUUCAUCUGGACGACAACCAAGCGUAGAAGGCGGGAGACACAGGAGGCGAAGCACUGCAGAGGCCAUAUCAGAUACGCCACGAUCUCCCGAGCAUCGCGCCAGGCGAAGAAGCAGCGCACAUCGCUCAAAAGACGGCUACGGCGAACCUCAAGAGCGUACUCGGCGCAGAAGGAGGAGCUCUGCAGGCUACGGUCAGGCACACAGCCCUGCAUCACCACGCAAACACGCACCACGAGAACGCCCGCGGGUUGACCCUUACGUCAACAUCCAGCCCGCGUCAAGUGCUCUAUCCACACCUGUCAGACUCACAAGCGACAGAGAUCCCAUGUUGGAAGCCAAUCGAUCUCCUAGUCAGCGUAAUGGGGACUUCUCGCGCAAGAAGAGUCUGGUCAGACCAGAGAGGAGGCGGAUGGACUCUGAUGACCCAGACUAUCACUACCGAAAACACGCUCAGCACAUGAACGUCAUGCCAUCCACAACGGGCGUAGACCCGCAGUUGGAGGACGACGAUAUGGCCACUUCGACCUCUGAAGCCACCACGCUGAAGGAAGCCACCGCGCGAGUGGCACCGGUGGCGGAGAAGGAUCGAGUGCCACUCAACCGAAACAAGAGCACCAAAGAAGGAGGGAAAUUGAUUCGCAAAAAGACCCGCGACACACAAGAGCAGGAAGCCAAGGAUGAGCGCAGGCGCAAAAUCCAGGAAGCAACUGGAACACCGACCUUGUGGAACACGUACUGUCAUCUUGUCACCUUCUGGUGCCCCAAUACGGUCUUGCGAUGCAUCGGCAAGAAGCAGAAGGAGCAGCAGCGGGCAUGGCGCGAGAAGAUGGGUCUUCUCAGCAUCAUUGCGUUGAUCAUGUUGUUCGUUGGGUUCCUGACGUUCGGCUUUACGGAGACAGUCUGUCCGCAGGGCGGGCCUCUUCGUCUGCGGAUCAACCACGUCGGUCUUGGAUAUAUGAUCUUCCACGGCAAGGCGUACGAUCUGACAACUUCUCACCAUCCUUUAGCAAGAGGCAUUGCACAAGGUGCCAACGUUCUGUGGGAUAUGGAUGAGCCACACGGAGGUCAAGACGGAAGUUUUCUGUUCCAAAAUGUGAACGGUGCCUGCAAGAACCUGAUCACGCCCGCAACGGACUCUGACGUGCCCACGGAUUCGGAUGGCAACCUAGCCUGGUACUUCCCGUGCCACACCUUCAACCAGGAUGGAUCCGACAAUGCCAAUCCCAACAAGAGCAUCCCGUACUACUUCGGGUACUCGUGCCAUACGUCGAAGAACGCUCGCGAGAACUUCUACGGUCUGAGAACGUCUGGCGAUGUCUACUUCACCUGGGACGACAUCAAGAACUCCACCCGCAACCUGAUGGUCUACAACGGAGAUGUUCUUGACCUUGAUCUGCUCAAGUGGUUCAACAGCUCUCAGGUGGCCUGGCCUACCCAAUUUGAUGACAUCCGCACGAACCCAGCGGUCAGAGGGAAGGAUGUGACGAUGUCCUAUGCCAGUGGUUCGAACAAGCAAAUCGCGCAGUGCUUCCAGGAGAUUAUCAAAGUCGGUUCGAUCGAUACGGCAACGGUGGGAUGUAUAGCCAGUAAGGUCGUGCUCUACGUCUCGCUGAUCUUCAUUCUGUCCAUUGUGGCCAUCAAGUUCCUCUUGGCUAUUCUGUUUCAGUGGUUCAUCAGUCGCAAGUUCGCGGCCAGCAAGACGAGCAUGGGCGGUGACAGCAAGAAGCGGAAGCAGCAGAUCGAAGAUUGGACGGACGACAUCUACAGACCACCGCCAAAGAUGACGGAUCCUGCCUCGAACAACGGCAGCGACCGCAUGAGCAAGAGGUCUUCUUUCCUACCAACGACCUCGAGAUUCACCAGCCCGUACGCCAUGGAGAGAACCAUGAACCGCAAAUCGGCCAAUCCAACUACCAUGGCAAGCCAGCAGUCACAGACCAACCUCAUGGCUGGCCAGAGGGGCUUGUAUCGCGACAAUAAUCAGUCUGAAGUGACACUGCCAACUUACAUGGACAGCAACGGCACCCCUGGCACUCGAUCAAGUCAGCUCUACUCUGGAUCGAAGCGGUACUCGAGCGUCAUGCACACGGAUACGGAUGCGUCUGGCCCGCAAGGUUUCAUUCACGAGAGUGUCGUGCCUCAGCCACCACCAGAAUGGCAGCCUUUCGGCUUCCCUCUCGCACACUCCAUUUGUCUGGUCACUUGCUAUUCCGAGGGCCCAGCAGGCAUCCGUACCACGCUGGACUCUGUUGCGAUGACCGACUACCCCAACUCGCACAAGCUCAUGUUUGUGGUCUGCGAUGGUAUGAUUCACGGCAAAGGCGAAAAGAUGAGCACACCAGAUGCUUGCCUGAGCAUGAUGAAGGACCACGCUGUUCUACCAGACGAAGUACAGCCUUUCUCCUACGUGGCCGUGGCUAGCGGCAGCAAGCGACACAACAUGGCCAAGAUCUACUCUGGCUUCUACGACUACGGCCAUGACAGCAUCAUCCCGAUUGAGAAGCAACAGCGUGUCCCCAUGAUUGUUGUCGUCAAAUGCGGUACACCUGCUGAAGCGAAGGCAUCGAAGCCUGGCAACAGAGGCAAGCGAGACUCCCAGAUCAUCUUGAUGAGUUUCUUGCAAAAGGUCAUGUUCGACGAGCGCAUGACGGAGCUCGAGUAUGAGAUGUUCAACGGUGUCUGGAAGAUCACGGGCAUGAGUCCGGACUUCUACGAGAUCGUGCUCAUGGUCGACGCGGACACGAAGGUCUUCCCGGACAGCUUGACGCACAUGAUCUCUGCUAUGGUCAAGGAUCCGGAGAUCAUGGGCUUAUGCGGUGAGACGAAGAUCGCCAACAAGACGCAGAGCUGGGUAUCGAUGAUCCAGGUCUUCGAAUACUUCAUCUCGCACCACUUGGCGAAGAGCUUCGAGAGCUGUUUUGGUGGUGUGACGUGUUUGCCUGGUUGCUUCUGCAUGUACCGCAUCAAGACUCCCAAAGGCGCGCAGAACUACUGGGUCCCGAUCCUGGCCAACCCGGAUAUUGUCGAGCACUACUCCGAAAAUGUCGUCGACACCCUGCAUAAGAAGAACUUGCUCUUGCUCGGUGAAGAUCGAUACCUCAGUACGCUCAUGCUCAAGACCUUCCCCAAGCGCAAGCAGGUCUUCGUUCCACAGGCCGUCUGCAAGACCACCGUCCCGGACGAGUUCAAGGUCCUGCUCAGUCAGCGAAGACGCUGGAUCAACAGUACUAUCCACAACCUGAUGGAGCUCGUGCUCGUCCGAGACCUCUGCGGUACCUUCUGCUUCAGCAUGCAAUUCGUCGUCUUCAUCGAUCUCGUCGGUUGUGUUGUCCUCCCCGCCGCUAUCUGCUUCACUCUCUACGUCGGCGUCCUCGGCAUCAUUGCAGCCAUAACCCACACAGCCGCUCCCCUCAUCCCCCUCAUCCUCCUCGCCCUCAUCCUCGGUCUCCCCGGCAUCCUCAUCGUCAUCACCGCCCACCGCCUCUCCUACGUCUUCUGGAUGUUCAUUUACCUCCUCUCCCUCCCAAUCUGGAACUUGAUCCUCCCGGCCUACGCCUACUGGCACUUUGACGACUUCUCCUGGGGCGACACGCGCCGGGCCAUGGGCGAGGAGCGCGGGGCGGGUAAGAGCGGACAUGAAGCCGAGGGCGAGUUUGACAGUAGUAAGAUUACGAUGAAGCGGUGGCAUGACUUUGAGCAGGAGAGGAGGUUGCGGGCGCCGGGUUGGAAUGCGAAGAGUGAUGGGUACGGGAGUCGACCGUAUAGUAGCCAGGGAACGUCGACGGGGUUGGGGAGUGAUGGACGGACGCACAGGAAGCAUGAGCGCGCGCCGAGUAAUUUGGCGUAUAAGUAUUCGGACUAUCCUUGA